AUGUCUCAGGCUGACCAUCUAUACAAUGGAAGGCGAGCUUCCCUACCCCUAGACAUCGUAGUCAUAGGAUGUGGCCUGGGAGGUCUCGCCGCUGCAUACUGCCUCGCACAGGCAGGUCACAAAGUCACCAUCCUUGAAGCAGCGCCCGCCAUCGGUGACGUGGGCGCUGGCAUUCAAGCCAGUCCCAACGUCUCGCGUCUCUUAAAGCGUUGGGGUCUCGGCCCACAGCUCGAGGAACUUGGUGUUAAACCACAGAAUUUGAGCAUUAGACGGUGGAAGAAUGAUGAGGUCGUGGGCUUCACGCUAUUCGGGGAGGCGUUCGUUAAGGCAUACGGUUCCCCUUAUUACCACAUACACCGAGCUGAUUUCCACCGUAUGCUCUAUGUGGCAGUUGAACCACACUGUAACAUACGUGUCAAUUGUCGUGUUGUAUCUGUGGACCCGUCAAAACCUAGUGUGACUCUUGCAUCUGGGGAAGUCGUAUCUGCUGACGUACUCAUUGGCGCCGACGGGCUCAAAAGUAUUACUCGGGAGUAUGUUGUCGGUGGGCCCGAUGAACCCAGGGUUACUGGAGAUGCUGCUUACAGAGCCCUGAUCCCGACCGAGAAGCUCCUGCAGGAUGAUGAUCUGAAAUCACUGGUGGAGAAUACGGAAUCAAUUAUAUGGAUGGGCCCUAGAGGUCAUAUCGUCGGCUAUAAUAUUCGUGCCAAGAAAGAGUAUAACCUCGUCAUGAUGCACCCUGAUGAAGCUGAAGAGGGCGUGGAAUCGUGGACUGCUAAAGGUAAUGUGGAAAGAAUGAAAGAGAGUUACAAAGGGUGGAACAUUGUUAUCCAAAAGCUUCUAGCACUUGUUCCGUCAACGCUCGAUUGGAAAUUGAUGGACCGAGACCCACUACCUUCUUGGAUUCACAAGGAUGGCAAGUUGGCCUUGUUGGGUGACUCAUGCCACCCAAUGCUGCCGUACCGCGCGCAAGGGUCAGCCAUGGCGAUUGAAGAUGCCGCUGUCCUAGGCAACAUAUUCUCGCACUGCUCGGAUCGUUCGCAGAUUACGCCGCUGCUCUAUGCCUACCAAGCUCUCCGGUACGACCGUGCUACCGCAACACAGAGGUCCUCAAGUCUAAACCGUGACAUCUUCCACCAUCCCGACGGGCCAGAACAAGAAGCUCGUGAUCGCGAGAUGCGCGCGGCCAUGGAGGACACGUUCCGCGUCGCGCGCGGCGAGGAGAGCACCUCUGUGCUAGCAGGCAAUGCAAACCAGUGGGCUGAUAAGACGAAGAGCGACAUCCAAUAUGGAUACGAUGCGGAUGAGGAGGCAGAAAAGUGGUGGCUCGCGAACGGGGAUAACUUGAUGAGCUUCGUCCCUAGAUCCGAGGCGGUGAAUUAA